AUGGUAAAACAAUAAUAAAUAACCAGCCUGUGGCUUUAGGAAGCCAGGUUCCAAGAUGGACGGCCCGUCCGCUCAGAGGGAAGCAGUGGAGUAGAAUGCCUGUCAGUGCAGGGACCACGUUUACCCGAUGUCCCAGCGUCCUGGAUGACGUCACCACGAUGUGGAGAGACAGAGGGGGGGAACUCUUGCUGGAGCCGCAGCUUUAGAAGGAAGAGGCCGGUUGCUGGGACAACAUGUUUCGCGCGCAUGCGCUUUGUCAAGUCUGUGAAAAGCAUUCUACUCCACUGCUUCCCUCUGAGCGGACGGGCCGUCCAUCUUGGAACCUGGCUUCCUAAAGCCACAGGCUGGUUAUUUAUU